AACGCGGACCUACCUCCACCGCUUGCCCGGGGUCUGGUUGCCCUCGGUCGCCACCCGCCGGCUUGGGGACUUGGGUCUGCAGGCUUGGGAAGGAGCAGGCUCUGGGCCGCCAGGGGGCGCGCGGGGGGCGGGAACCCAAGCUGCGGUCGCAGGGUCCCCAGAGACCCUGCAGCGGUCACCCAGUCUCGAGCCAGCUCACAGAGCCCCCAUGCAGGUGCGCGCGGCUGGAGCAGCGGGCUCCGGGAGGCCGGAGCCGGCGCACUCGGCGCAGGCCUGGGGGGUCGCGGGUCGGGCCCCCGGGUCCCGGGGGUCGCGCAGUGCCGGCGCCUGAUGCCGGGCCUCUGUCCGCUGCGCGCCCCGGCCGGCGUUGGGUGGGUCGGGGGGCCGGGCUAGUGCAGGUGAGGGGCCCCGGCGGCCCGCCGCCGCCACCCGUGAAUUAUGCAGGAGGCUGGCACCGGCGCGCUCGAGUUGCUCAAGUUUCCCUGGCAACUUUCGCCCGGGCGUCCCUCCUCCCCGCGGCCGGCAGCUCCGCCCGCACAGCCCGCGGCCCGGGCGCCCCCGCAGGGCUGGCGGGGAGCGAGGCGCGCCUCGAGACACCGACCGCUCACUCGCCACCGGAGCUGGGGCUGCUGGACUGCGCAAGCAGACGCUGGGCAGCCAUGCCGCGCAGCCCGACCUCCAGCGAGGACGAGAUGGCCCAGAGCUUCUCCGACUACUCGGUGGGGUCAGAGUCGGACAGCUCCAAAGAAGAAACCAUCUACGACACCAUCCGGGCCACGGCAGAGAAGCCCAGCGCCGCCAGGACAGAGGAGAGCCAAGGCGACACGCUGGUCAUCCGUAUCCUCAUCCAGGACCUGCAGCAGACGAAGUGCAUCCGGUUUAACCCGGAUGCCACCGUGUGGGUCGCCAAGCAGCGGAUUCUGUGCUCCCUGACCCAGAGCCUGAAGGACGUGCUGAACUACGGGCUGUUCCAGCCGGCCAGCAACGGGCGCGACGGGAAGUUCCUGGACGAGGAGCGGCUGCUGCGCGAGUACCCUCAGCCCGUGGGCAAGGGCGUCCCCUCCCUGGAGUUCCGAUACAAGAAGCGCGUGUAUAAGCAAGCCAACCUGGACGAGAAGCAGUUGGCCAAGCUGCACACGAAGACCAAUCUGAAAAAAUUUAUGGACCACAUUCAGCACCGUUCGGUGGAGAAGAUCGUCAAAAUGCUGGAACGAGGCCUGGAUCCGAAUUUCCAUGACCUGGACACGGGAGAGACCCCGCUGACCUUAGCCGCUCAGCUGGACGAGCCUGCGGAGGUGAUCAAAGCUCUCAGAAACGGCGGCGCCCACCUGGACUUCCGCGCCAGAGAUGGGAUGACCUCCCUGCACAAAGCCGCCCGAACCAGGAACCAAGUAGCCCUGAAGACCCUUUUGGAGCUGGGAGCGUCCCCCGAUUACAAAGACAGCUACGGCCUCACAGCCCUGUACCACACCGCGGUCGUGGGCGGGGACCCGUCCUGCUGCGAGCUGCUGCUGCACGAGCGCGCGGCCGUGUGCUGCAGGGACGAGAACGGCUGGCACGAGAUCCACCAGGCCUGCAGGUAUGGCCACGUGCAGCACCUGGAGCACCUGCUCUUCUACGGGGCGGACAUGGCGGCCCAGAACGCCUCGGGGAACACAGCCCUGCACAUCUGCGCCCUCUACAACCAGGACAGCUGUGCCCGAGUGCUGCUCUUCCGGGGCGGGAACAAGGAGCAGAAGAACUACAACAGCCAGACCCCGUUCCAGGUGGCGAUCAUCGCGGGCAACUUCGAGCUGGCCGAGUACAUCAAGAACCACAAGGAGACCGACAUCGUACCCCUUGUGCCAACCAGGAGGGCUGUGUCUGGGGCUCCGCCUCUGCCCUAUCGCCCACCCGGCGGCUGGGCGCAGCCCUGCAUCCCCGAAGAGCCCACCGGCCUGUUUCCGCCGGCGCCGGGCUGGCACAGGACCUGCAGCGGGGAGCAGUCCCAGUGGACCAGCAGCGUGCCCUUCCGAGAGGCCCCGGCGUACUCCAAUCGCCGGCGGCGGCCCCCCAACACGCUGGCCGCCCCCCGGGUCCUGCUGCGCUCCAACAGUGACAACAACCUCAACGCCAGCACGCCCGACUGGGCCGUCUGCUCCGCCACCUCCCACCGCAGUCUCUCACCCCAGCUGCUGCAGCAGACGCCCGGCAAGCCCGAGGGGGCCGCCCGGACCCUUGGGAGCUACGCCCCCGGGCCCCGCAGCCGGUCCCCGUCACUCAACAGGCUGGGCGGUGCCGGCGAAGAUGGCAAGAGGCCCCAGCCGUCCUGGCACGUCGGGCCGGCUUUCCUGCCCGGUGCCAGCAAGGACGCGCUGUCUGCCUUCGAGUACCCGGAGCCCAAGCGGAAGCUGUACAGCGCGGUCCCGGGGAGGCUCUUCGUCGUCGUCAAGCCAUACCUCCCUCAGGUCGACGGCGAGAUCCCCCUCCACCGCGGCGACAGGGUCAAAGUUCUGAGCAUUGGCGAAGGAGGCUUCUGGGAAGGCAGCGCCCGCGGCCACAUCGGGUGGUUCCCGGCCGAGUGCGUGGAGGAGGUGAUGUGCAGGCCCAAGGACAGCCAGGCAGAAACCCGCGCGGACCGCAGUAAGAAGCUCUUCCGGCACUACACGGUCGGCUCCUACGACAGCUUCGAUGCCACCAGUGACUGCGUUAUUGAGGAGAAGACAGUGGUCCUGCAGAAGAAGGACAAUGAGGGUUUCGGAUUCGUGCUCCGAGGGGCGAAAGCUGAUACGCCCAUUGAAGAAUUCACGCCAACGCCGGCGUUCCCGGCCCUGCAGUACCUGGAGUCCGUGGACGAAGGAGGGGUGGCAUGGCGAGCCGGACUGAGGACCGGGGACUUCCUGAUCGAGGUGAACAACGAGAAUGUUGUCAAGGUCGGCCACCGGCAAGUGGUGAACAUGAUCCGCCAGGGAGGGAACCACCUCGUGCUCAAGGUGGUCACGGUGACCAGGAAUCUCGACCCGGACGACACCGCCAGGAAGAAAGCUCCCCCGCCUCCCAAGCGUGCUCCAACCACGGCCCUCACCCUGCGCUCCAAGUCCAUGACCUCGGAGCUGGAGGAGCUCGGCCUCUCACUAGUGGACAAAGCCUCCAUCCGGAAGAAGAAGGAUAAACCCGAGGAGAUAGUCCCGGCCUCCAAGCCAUCCCGCGCUGCUGAUAACGUGGCCAUGGAGUCCAGGGUGGCCACCAUCAAGCAGCGGCCCACCAGCCGGUGCUUCCCGUCCGUCUCGGACAUGAACUCCGUGUACGAACGACAGGGGAUUGCUGUAAUGACGCCCACGGUUCCCGGGAGCCCGAAAGGCCCGUUUCUGGGCCUCCCCCGAGGUACGAUGCGAAGGCAGAAAUCAAUAGACAGCAGAAUCUUUCUAUCAGGAAUAACGGAGGAAGAGCGGCAGUUUCUGGCCCCUCCGAUGCUGAAGUUCACCAGAAGCCUGUCCAUGCCAGACACCUCCGAGGACAUCCCGCCCCCACCGCAGUCUGUGCCCCCAUCCCCCCCACCCCCAUCCCCCACCACCUACAACUGCCCCAAGUCCCCAACCCCAAGAGUCUACGGGACCAUCAAGCCAGCAUUCAAUCAGAACCCCGCUGCCAAGGUGUCCCCCGCGGCUCGCUCGGACACAGUGGCCACGGUGAUGAGGGACAAGGGGCUGUACUACCGGCGGGAGCUGGACCGCUACUCCUUGGACUCCGACGACCUCUACAGCCGCAGCGCCGCCGCCCAGGCCAACUUCCGCGCCAAAAGAGGCCAGAUGCCAGAAAACCCGUACUCGGAGGUGGGAAGGAUCGCGAGCAAAGCCGUGUACGUCCCCGCCAAGCCCGCUCGGCGGAAGGGCAUGCUGGUGAAGCAGUCCAAUGUGGAGGACAGCCCCGAGAAGACGUGCUCCAUCCCCAUCCCGACCAUCAUCGUGAAGGAGCCGUCCACCAGCAGCAGCGGGAAGAGCAGCCAGGGCAGCAGCACGGAGAUCGACCCACAGGCGCCCGAGCCGCCGGGCCAGCUGCGGCCUGACGACAGCCUGACCGUCAGCAGCCCCUUCGCUGCCGCCAUCGCUGGGGCCGUCCGCGACCGGGAGAAGCGGCUGGAAGCCAGGAGGAACUCCCCGGCCUUCCUCUCCACAGACCUGGGGGACGAGGACGUUGGGCUGGGGCCACCCGCUGCCCGGGCACACCCCUCCAACUUCCCCGAAGAGGUCGGCUUCGGCGAGGAGGAUGGUGCCGAGCCACUGUCAUUGCCCACGCCGGUGGCACCGCCCAGGGAGCCCGAGAACCACUUUGUGGGUGGUGGCGAGGCUGCAGCUCAGGGGGAGGCCGGCAGGCCGCUGAAUUCCACAUCCAAAGCCAAGGGUCCCGAGGGCAGCCCCGCAGUGCCCCCCAAGAGCAGCAGCGCAGCCAGCCCCGAGAAUUACGUCCACCCGCUCACGGGCCGGCUGCUGGACCCCAGCUCCCCGCUGGCCCUGGCGCUGUCUGCAAGGGACCGAGCCAUGAAGGAGUCUCAACAGGGUCCCAAGGGGGAGGCCCCCAAGGCCGACCUCCACAAACCUCUCUACAUCGAUACCAAAAUGCGGCCCAGCGUGGAAGCAGGCUUCCCUCCGGUCACCAGGCAGAACACACGGGGACCCCUGAGGCGGCAGGAGACCGAGAACAAGUACGAGGCGGAGCUGGGCAAGGACCGCAAGGGCGAGGACAAGAAGCACGCGCUCAUCAACAUCGUGGACACGUCCCAGCAGAGGUCGGCUGGCCUGCUGAUGGUCCACACUGUGGACGCGGCCACCACCGACCACCUGCUGCGGGAAGAGGACGAGAAAGCCGACGUGGAGGCCACGCCAGACCACUCGCUGCCCGAGGGGCCAGAAGGCGCUCCCGAAACCGAAGGUGCUUUACAGAUCUCCGCCAGCCCCGAGCCCGCCGCCGCCGUGCCUGGCAGGACCAUUGUGGCAGCGGGCUCUGUGGAAGAGGCGGUGAUUUUGCCAUUCCGCAUCCCUCCUCCCCCUCUGGCAUCCGUGGAUCUGGACGAGGAUUUCAUUUUUACAGAGCCAUUGCCUCCCCCCCUGGAAUUCGCAAAUAGUUUUGAUAUCCCCGAUGACCGCAUCGCUUCUGUCCCUGCUCUCACGGACCUGGUCAAGCAGAAGAAACAGGACGCCUCCCCGUCCCCUUCGUUGAACCCCAGCCAACCAGCCAACUGUGCAGACAGUAAGAAGCCGGCUGGCCUUUCCAACUGCCUGCCCGCCUCCUUCCUGCCGCCCCCCGAGAACUUUGACGUGGUCGCGGACUCUGGGAUUGAGGAGGUGGACAGCCGGAGCAGCAGUGACCACCAUCUCGAGACAACCAGCACCGUCUCCACGGUGUCCAGCAUGUCCACCCUGUCCUCCGAAGGCGGGGAGAGCGUGGACACCUGCACAGUCUACGCGGACGGGCAAGCAUUUCCGGCGGACAAGCCGCCAGUACCCCCGAAGCCAAAAGUAAAGCCCAUAAUUCCCAAAAGCAACGCACUUUAUCAGGACGCGCUAGUGGAGGAGGACGUGGAUAGCUUCGUCAUCCCUCCCCCGGCACCCCCGCCGCCGCCAGGCAGCGCCCAGCCUGGGGCGACAAAGGUCACGCCACCAAGGACCUCCAAGUUGUGGGGGGACGUGUCCGAGGUCAGAAGCCCGAUUCGCUCAGGCCCAAAGGCAAACGUGAUCAGUGAACUGAACUCAAUCCUGCAGCAAAUGAACCGAGAGAAAUCGGCAAAGCCGGGGGAAGGACUGGAUUCGCCCACAGGAACCAAGCCUGCCAGCCUUGCUCCAAGAAGUCCAGAGGUCAUGAGCACCGUCUCAGGGACGCGGAGCACGACGGUGACCUUCACGGUUCGCCCGGGGACCUCGCAGCCCAUCACUCUGCAGAGCCGGCCUACAGACUUUGAGAGCAGGACCUCAGGAACAAGACGUGCCCCAAGCCCUGUGGUGUCGCCAACAGAGCUGAGCAAAGAGAUCCUGCCCGCCCCCCUCUCUGCUGCUGCUGCCACUCCUUCUCCCACUCUCUCAGAGGUCUUCAGCCUUCCAAGCCAGCCCCCAUCUGGGGACCUGUUUGGCUUGAACCCGGCGGGCCGCAGCAGGUCGCCAUCCCCCUCAAUACUGCAACAGCCAAUCUCAAAUAAGCCUUUUACGACUAAGCCUGUGCACCUGUGGACUAAACCAGACGUGGCGGAUUGGCUGGAAAGUCUAAACUUGGGUGAGCAUAAAGAGACCUUCAUGGACAAUGAGAUUGAUGGCAGUCACCUACCAAACCUUCAGAAGGAAGACCUAAUAGAUCUCGGGGUGACUCGGGUCGGGCACAGGAUGAACAUUGAAAGGGCUUUGAAACAGCUGCUGGACAGAUAAGGGUGGCUGCUCUGUACCUUCACAGACUCCUUGUUAUAAGUAGAGAUGGGCUUCUACUGAAAUAUUUGGGCAGCCAAGCAUGGUCUGCGAGCACCAACCCCACUCCACGGGUGUGUCUCCUGGUACCCAAAGAAAUGCCGAGUGUGUCCAGGUGUGGCUGAGCGAAGGCCUUGAAACGCCCCCAAUCUCCAUGUGGGCUUCCCGGGCUGUUUCUGUGCAGCAGGGGACACGGGGAGGGAGUUCUGCACCACAAGGGAGAGGCCCGGCUUGCCUCCCAGCAUGCAGGUGACCUCACGAUGCCACGCCCCGGGGACGCCCCCGUCGACUUAGCACGGGACCCUCGCUCUUGCAGACACCAGUGUCCUCUAGAUGCCUCCUGAGACCUCCCUCUGCUUUCCGGGCAGCGGCCACCACCCCAGGCCCGCCGCAGUCUGUGGCCUCCGGGAGGGUUCUCACUGCUCACUUGCUCCUUUCUUUCCUCUACUUCGCUUGCGGUAAAACACCCCAGAGUAAUCUGUCCGGUGCCCCUUCUUGGGCCCGAAAGGUAGAGAAUCUUUUUUUCCUCUGGAUUCAUUACCCCAUCUCCUCCUGCGAGGUGCGUCCGUGGUUCUUCGGCCAUGAAGCUCUUGGCAGUGGUGGGGAGUCUAAAUGGGAUCGUGCCCAGCUUUGCAUAGCUUGCUUUCUUUCUUUCUGCAAAUCUAUUAGCAUAAUUCCAAAGUGGCCAAACAGAUGUCACAUGGAGUUAGUCAAAGCACAAAGUCACGAUUCCAAGGAGGAGGGGAGACCUGGCCACGGGAAGCAGCCAGUGUGCAGCGGCCUGGGUCCCAAGUCUCCUCGAGGGGAAGAGCAGUGAGUCAUCUGCCAAGAGUGUCUCCAGGACGGUGAGAAAGGGAUUCUCUGCCUUUCACGACAGUUUUUUUAAACUGCAAGUGUGCUGCAUUCUGCAAAGAUCAGAGCAGGUGAGCGUCCACUUUACACACGAGGGCGGGACACGAGGUGAACGGUGGGCGCGUGCCGCGGCAAAGGAGACCGCAUCUUCCCAGGAGCUGGUGGGGCGCCACGAUGUCAGUUCCCAGCCCGGCCCGGGUGAGCAUCUCUGCCGAGACAGCCCCUCUGCUCUCUGAGGCCAGGGAAGAUGGUACUUGGGGGCCCUCCCCCUUUGUCUCCAACUGUCCGCACAGCCCACCAGUUUGUCCUACAACAGGCUUCUUGAGCACACGGAGGGUAUGGCGUCUAGACCGGACUCAGGGUUUAGAACACACGGGGGGCUGCAGGGCGAGGGGGCAGGCAGACAAAUGAACAAAGGCCAGCCAGGGAGGCUUCCCCGGGCUGCACCAGGCCCCUCCCACGAGGCUGUUCUGGGCUGUGCCUGUUCUCCUCCCUGGAGUCCCCUCACCAGUAACAUUACCUCCAGCUUCCAAGGGAGGUUGCCGCCUGCCCAGGGGCCACCAGACAUCCAGCCAGGCUUCUAGCACAUUCUCCCACACUUGGAAGGAACUCGAACCGCAGGUUUUGGCUUUUAUUAUGAUUUCAGAACUAGCCUAGCCCAUCUCUAAUUAUAAAAACAUGAUUUUUUUUUCCUUUCUUUUCUUUAUGCUCACAAUCAAGUGUCUGAUUAGGUCUGGAACAGCUCUAGAAUGAACACAUAAAAUUUAGCAAUUUAAAAUCUCUUUCUUUACUGCAAGUUUAAAUAGUUGUACAGAUAGUUUAUAAGCACAAUAUUUUAAGAAAAAAAAAAGUGGCUGGUCUACUCGGCAGCCUUUGUGCCACUUCAGUGCUAGAAAGUUAAAGAAAAAAAAACUUUUGUGAUUUAAUAAUACUAUUUCUGUGGGAUUAUAAAAGUAUGACCUUUUUAAAUCAACCUUAUUUGGAUGCAUCUGAACCAGCAGAGCUGUGUUAUAUUUUCUAUCUUUGCUAGAACUUCGUCAUCGAAGGACAAUUACUUCUUCAAAAGUGGUUACAAUUCACAAUGCAGCAGUUUCUCCAAAAACAAACAUGCAUCACCCACACACACAACACACACGCGCGCGCAAACUUUUUCCAGCCACAUGCCCCUGAAUUGGAAACUGAGUUUUGGACCUUCCUCUGUUCCACACCCUUCUGCAGGGCAAGCUGUAUCUGAGAAUGCCCCGACCCAACAUGAAAUCAAUUGAAUACGAAGGCGCUUCUGUCCCACGCACCUGCGGUCCCACGGUCGUGGGGUGCACCAGGGACGAACAGGUGGCCCGCUGAGGCCACCUGCGAGUGUUCAGAAAACGAAAAGGUGGUGGCUGGGCCAUUAUUUGUCUUCCAUUUGGUGAUAGAGCAAAAUCCAGUCAGUGCACAGCUCACCCUGGCUUUUCCCUCCUCUGUCUACUGCUCGGCAUUACCUCCGCGCUCCGUGCCGGGCGACACCCAGCAUGAGAGCAAGCGCAGGAAGGGAAGGCGCUGCUAGGAUGCCACCUGGUGGCUUCAGGUUCACUGGACUCUGGCUGCCACGCCCUUUCUUAGAGAGCUGUCCAGCCACGGGCAACUUAUCUGAAGCAAGCAGACUGCACGACAAAAAAAAAAAAAAAAAAAAAAAAAAGCCAGGCAGUCACUUAUUUUUGCCUUCUUAUUCUAGAAAAGUCACAGGACCCCGCAGAACCUGCACUGACCAACAGAGUAACACACGUUGCCAAGAUGAACCCAUCUCUAGCCCUAUUCGAUGGUGUUGCUACAGAAAGCAAUCAUUCCUCCCGAGACCGCCACCCGCUGCGCUCCCCCGCCCCCCAGACACGUUAGGACCAGGCCCUAUCCCAUGACCCCUCAAUGGUGGGACACGAGUCAAACUGCUCAUAUAAAGAUCAUGUUAAUACUAUUCUGGGUUUUAAGAUCAACUUUUGUUAUCUACUGUAAUUUAAAUAAAUUGCAUUUCCAUGCCUAGUGUCUGUAACAUUGUGUAUGCGAAAUCAAACUCUCCAGCUGUAAGCCCUGUACCCCCCGCGGAGGCGCCCGCUCCAGGGGCUCCGCCACAUUCUAGGUCAGCUCAUGUACUACAGACUGACGCAGUGGGACUGUUGACCUGCUGAACUCUACAUAUCACAAAGUGGGUUAUUUGUGGUACUUCAGUUAGUAAAAUGGGAAUUUUUUUUUUCUGAGUUAACUGAACAAGCAAGCAUUACCCAGGUGAUCCGGCAAUGACUUUGUGUGUGUGGGCCACAAAUACGGAUUUUUUUUUUUCCCAUUAACAAAUUUUUUUUUUUUUUUUGGAAACUAAUAUGUUUCACACUACGGUUUGUGUAACUUGUGUUCGCAUUAUCUGUGUUGCUGUUACUUUUGUGCUUUUAUUCCUUUUAAACUUUAUUUUAAAAAACAAAACAAAACAAAACAAAAACCAAGCUCCUGUAAUGUGCACUUCCUCCUGAUCCUUCGAUCUCUUGUACGGCAACCAAAAUUACUGUAAGAAAAAUAAACAUGCGAUUGCACUAAGGGUGUGGCUCUGAUUGCACACAGUGAAAGCCGUCUGCGUGAGCCCGGAGUUGCCGACUUGCAAUCUGACGCAGGCUCUUUGAACGUCAUCACCUCUGUACCUCCGUGAGGCUGACCAGGUACCUCCUUUCUUCAAAGAGUAAGAGCCCUCCCUUCGUGGAGCUCGUCUGCCUGGGCUCCCUCCCCUCACGGCACGGACGGAAACACGCACAAUUUCAGAGCCGUGUGCGUGUCAGUGCGCACGUCUGCGUGCUCUCCUGGAAGAGCCCAGCUGAGGCCUGGCCUUCCUUUGGUUUGGGAUGGAAGUGGGGGUGGCGCCGAGGGGGCCCCCUGCGCCCCACCUGCUUGUCAUCUUCCCACCAGGCUGUGGGGUUGCAGAGCCGGGCGGCCUCUCUGGUUAAUGUGCAGCCAGCCACAUUUUGGUCAGCAAGUAGGCACUGAGGCUUGGGGCAAGAGAAUUUGCGUCUUUUGGCUGAGAACUGAGCCAGGAAGACAUGGGCUAUCCCUUUGUCUGUAGAGAAAUAUGUUUUAAACACUGAACCUCAUCUCUGGUCUCAUCGAUGAAUACCUGACGUCCUUAGUUCCCGGCCAGUGGCCUCUAUGUUGGCACACGCUCCACUCAAACAGCAGCUGCUGUGUUUCUGUAUCCAUGAAAAGUCUGAAUCCUCCUAUCCGGCCUAGUUCACCCUCCCUUAGGCCUCCCGCCUCACUGUCCGGUGGUCUCUCCCAGACUUAACCACCUCCAUCACCUCCAAUGGUUUCUUCUAGACCGCUUCUGGGAAAAUGUACCAGUUUGUCCUAAGGAAAAAGAUGGAAGACUUUUUUUUGACUUGUACUUUCUUUGAGGCGUGUUACCAGCCAGGGCACUGGAGCGUCUGUCUGUACUUAUAGCUGUCCGUGUACCCAGGGAAUAGGUGGAAAUCCCACGGCACCUGGGGGAGCACAGCGCGACUGUGCUGGGGGCAGCCGCGCUCCGUGGGGACCCGGGUCAUUCCCAAAUCUGGCCCUCUGACGCCAGCAGGCCCGACCGCUUCAGUUUCCAGUCCACGCUGUAUCCAUGAUUUUCUUUCUUUACCGUUCUUGUAACAUGUGUCUGCAUUUCAGUCUUUAUUGUUCUGUGUUUAAAAUGACAACAAUCACUGUCCAUUGCUUCUACUCUGGAACUCUGUUUAUAGCAAUUCUGAAACUUUAAUAUGAGCCUUCAAAUAAAUACAGAAAUGAAAAAAAGGAAAAAAAAUAAAGUGUGUGCCUUGGGUGUUUUGAACCUGAUCUGCAUAAAACCAUAUUGUAUUCAAAUGCUGUAUAUUUAAUGAAAGGAUAAAUAUACCUUCACUGUAUUAAUGUAGCUGAUAAAAUAGUUCUAGUGCCUUGUUUUCUGAACUGAGAAGCCCAUAUCAAUGCACAACGUAAAGUAAAAACCGAUUCAAGAACUGAAAUGUUGAGAAGACGUACACGUGAUUCUGAGGCCUCCAUCCUAAGACUGUGGAACGCACACAGUCGCUUAAACAAUAAAGAGAAAAUUGAAAUAA